CCGCUCAAGAUUUCAGUGAUUCAAAGCUGUGAAUAUAAAUGUGAAGAAGUUAUCUACUUCACAUUAUAAGUUUCUCUUCUUUUCACAAGUGUAGUGUGGGAGACUGACGUCCGGAGUGAUACGUGGAGAGCUCAUAGAGUGUAUUUUGUUCUACCCGCCAAGAUAAAUCCGUCAUGAGAAAACGAUUCGGGAGAGCAGGGCGAAAAAGAAGACGUAAACACUUUGGGGACCCCGCACAAGGAGUUAAUCUUAGUGGGGAAUCCCAGUACGUAGAGCUGAGAAGAUGGUUAAAGCUGAGGGGCUUCAGCUCCACCUGCUUGAUUCCAGCUCAUUUUUCAGACACAGGAAGAGGACUUAUGACCAGCGAGACAAUUGAGGCUGGGGACCUGAUUAUUUCUUUACCUGAAAAAUGCCUGCUGUCCACAUCCACAGUGCUGAGAAGCCAUAUGGGUGAACUUAUUAAAAGGUGGAAGCCUCCAGUGUCUCCUUUGCUGGCCCUCUGUACAUUUCUCAUCUCUGAAAGGCAUUCUGGGACCAGAUCUUUGUGGAAGCCCUACAUUGAUGUUCUGCCCAAAACAUAUACAUGUCCUGUCUAUUUUUCUGAAGACACAGUGAACCUCUUACCUGCAGCUCUUAGAAAAAAAGCUCUGAAGCAGAGAGAGACAGUUCAGGAGCUGUACGAGUCUGCAGUUUCAUUUUUUAAGUCUCUUCAGCCCUUGUUCAGCCAAUCAGUGGAAAAUAUUUUUACCCAGGAUGCCUUGUGCUGGGCCUGGUGCAGCGUCAACACUCGCACUGUGUACAUGAAACACCCUCAGAGCGAUUUCCUUUCCAUGGAGCCAGAUGUGUACGCCUUGGCUCCCUAUCUAGAUCUCCUCAACCACUGUCCAGAUGUGCAGGUUGAAGCUGCUUUCAGCGAGCAGAGCAGAUGCUACGAGAUCAGGAGUGGCUCUGGCUGCAGGAGGCGUGAGCAGGCCUUCAUCUGCUAUGGGCCCCACGAUAACCAGCGCCUGCUGCUGGAGUACGGCUUCGUUGCCCGGGGCAACCCGCACAGCGCGGUUUACGUGGAGCGAGAGGACCUUCAGUUGUGCCUUACAAGGAGAGAUCAGCAGAUCACUCAGAAGCUGAUGUUUUUAAAGGAUCAUGACUUUUCAGAGAACCUGACCUUUGGGCUUGACGGUCCUUCCUGGAGACUGCUGAUGACACUCAGGCUGCUUUCCCUCCAACCUGACGAGUUUUCCUCUUGGAAGAGAGUCCUGCUCGGCGCUCCUGUCUCCCACAGCUGUGAACAGCACAGUUUUCACCUGGCUGCAGUUUUGUGUCAGCACCUCAUUGAUGAGAAUACCAAGGCCCUGGAGAAGAUACAUGUUAUGAAGGGAAGAGCGUCAGCUUCUCUCAGGCAUCAGCUGGACCUAGUGGAAUCUCUGAGGAAUGAGGAACAGAGAAUCCUGCACUGUUCAUUGGACAUGCUGAAAAGGGACGAGACAAUGACGUUCGUGGAAGACAGCUUAUGUUCAGUGAGUGGAGGUUCACAGAUCAGCAGUAGACCUUGUUAAGGCCUGAAGACAGACAUUGCUGCCUAAAUGAGACAGUCCUGCUGGCCCAUAGGUGUAACAUAAACCGAUGUUAUUACACAAUUGGGUACAUCUGUUGUCAGUCUAAUUGGAUGAUAAUGUGGAUAUAUGGUUCUGAACAUAGUUGUUCAGAUGUGCAUUUUAUUUCUUGUAUAUACUUAGUGGAAGUAUACACUUCUUAAGAAAAGUAGCAUUUUUUAAUUUACUGACCUGUUUUGAACUGUUUCAUAAACAUAUAAAUACAUAAAACAGAACGAUGUUAAAAGAAUGACUACAACAGAACAAUUUGCAAUUACCCAAGGAAUUGAGGCUGGCUAAAGGUAAAAUGAAAAAUGUAGUUGUCCUGCGAUAGAUUAACAGGAAUUCUGGCUUUAUGAUGAAAUUCAGGAUGUGCCCUUCUGUGGGAUGUCUUUCUUUUUCCUUCCUGUCUGAUUAGCAGAUGGGAGUGAUCAUAAUCCUUGAGAUGUGAAAAGGUAUUUUUUCACAGAUGUUUUGUCUCAUUUUCAAAACUGCAUUCGUCAACCUCUUUUCUUUUCCGAACUCUCUGUUUUUUAUUUUUUAGUACUUUGUUUUCCUUACUUUUUUCCCAAACUCGAUCAAAAAGUGUGACACAAUGCUGUUAGUACAGCUACCUCUCUGGUCCUGGUUUUGCUUCUCGUGUGUUUCUGUGGAACCUUCUGCCUGAAGGGAGUCUAUUGAUUCCCGAUCCCCCAAGGCAGAAGGUGAGGGUGACAAAUCUAGUGAUCCCUGCUCACUCCCACAGAUUACAAAUCUGUCUGAUCAUCCCUGAUGAUCAAUGUUGGAGGUCAAUUUCCAGUUGCUCACACUGGAGUGACUUAGAUUAGCCAGUCAUGUCCCCUUAUCUAAGCCUGUGUGAUUUCAUGGUAAUGAGAGGAAGUCGACUGAAUGACCUUUAAAAUAGGUCAGGAAUACAAAUAUUUUUCGGUGAUAACAGUCAUGUGUACUUACUAGAUUUAUGCUGAAUGGAUCCCUAUGAUGUAAGGUGGGUCCAUCCUGCCCGGUGUAUCAUACAGUAUCAUUUAUGCACAAGUGCAUAUCAGUCAGACCCAUGUGAAACAACAUCUGUCACAUGAUUCCCCAAUAAUACAGCAACUAAUUGCUGGUCUAAUUCUGUAUGACAUCCUCGUGACUUUUGACCCGGAGGCAAACGGUCACCGAGAUGUAGGUAGUGUGCUAUUGGGCUGAAACAUGAUUUAUAAUCUGUCAUCAGAGAAACAGAAGGAGUGACUCUUAACUCCAGGGUUCAGCCAAGCAUGCAAGCUGUUAGCAGGCAUCAGUGUCUACUAAUAAGCAUUUGGUACUAAUUAUUGCAUAUGCCAAAAGCCAAAGAUAUGGCACAGCGAUUUGCCAGAUGACAUUUAUGUAAAGAGCUGUGGGCUUGCGUUGGUUUCUUUCACUGUACACGUAGCUCGCACUUGCACGCCAUGUGUUCCAGCACCUCACGCACAGUGCCACAAGAGACGCAGUGGAAUGCGUGUCUCCUUCCUGCCCGUCUUUGUGCUCUUCAAGCAGCUUGAGCCCACACUACGUCUUGACCGUGUCCAGCAUUUAAACUCUCGGUCUGGCCCUGCUUCAGACAACUUUUAUUAAAGUUAGUCUGGUGACUGUGUAUACAAAGGGAGACCAUGUUAAGACUAUUUUACUAUUUAUUCUUUUUGACUUUUUAAAAUACAUAUGACAAAUUCCUAAACAUAUGGUAAUACUGUAAAGCUUAUGACUACCGAUGAACAUUAAAGGGCCUUGGGGAAGGGAAUACUGAGCAAAGGUACUGUAUACAGGAGGCAACAUUGUGGAGCAGUGGAUAGGAAUCUGAAUUUGUAACUGGAAGGCUGAGGGUUAAAAUCCCAGGCGACGCAAUGCUGUUGUACCUUUGAGUGAGGAACUUCAGCUUUAUUGUUUCAGUAAAAUAUCCAGCUGCAUAAAUGGAUGCCAAUGUAAGUCGCUUUGGAUAAAAGCAUCAGCUGAGUAAGUUAGUAAAUAUACUGAACCCACAUCAUCUACAGUAAUUAUGGUUUUGUUGUAGUUCAUUGUAUCCCUCUGCUGAUUUUCUAUUCCUUGAUUACAUUUUCUUUUUGGCUCAAGUCUCAUAAAUUAAAAUACUUUUGAUUAACACAGCUCAUGAAAUGAGUUGCACAUUCUAAAAAAGGGUCACAGCACAAAACGAUACGACACUACAAUAUUUUGGCUUGCUUCAUUUACUGUUUCUCGUGUCACAAACAAAUGCUGGAAAGAAAACUAUUAGUAGAAUCUCCAACAGGUCAACGAGCAGUGGUUUUACAGGUCAGAUUUGGACUCACUUGGGCCAUGUCUUGGUGGCAUAUGAGUGGCGUGCCUCUGCUUCAAUCAGCGCUGAGUCUUCGCUAGGAGGCUGUGCUGCCUCUGUCGUGUUGGAGGAUGAUUGGCUCUAAGGUGGGCAGAAGGAGGUGUUUGUAGCUGAGAGAUGAGAUGUGAAAAAACAGAUGUGUCUGUACCAAUUUAGGUGGGUAUAUCAAAGAUAAUGAAAGCGCUGAAAUAACUGGUUUUAUUUUUAAAAGAAUUAUUAAAAAAACAUUUCCUGCAGUACAAAUCCCUAAAUAAACUCAACCUGUAAGGAGUCUUGAGUAUAUAUGAAUACAACAUAAGAUGAAUUUUUCCUUCUA